GUGCCAGCGACAUCGAGCGGUUCCUGGCCGCCUUCUGCGAGCAGAGAGCUGCCGUGGUGGAGGCGGCGCGGAAGCUGCUGUCGGACGAGCGGGCCCCCAGGAGACAGAAGCUGCUGGCGGAUCUCAUCCACAACCUGAGCGGGAACAUCCCGGCCGAGGGCCGGCGGGAGGACGAGAAAUGGUUCGAAGGUCUAGAGUCUCGUUUUAAGAACAAAUCAAGCUACAUGCGAUACAGUUGCGAAAGCAGAAUACGAAGCUACAUGAAAGAGGUUAGUAGUUUCAUUUCAAGCGUUCAUCCUACGGCAAGAGAUGCAUAUAAAGGGAUAAUUGACUUGAUGUCAGAUAAACUGAAAUCUGUGAAGUAUAACGGAUGUUACUUUGACAGAAGAGAGGAGGAGGCAGUCCGCCUGUGCACUGCGGAGGGAUGGUUCUCUUGUCAGGGACCUUUCGACAGAGCUGACUGCCCAUGUAAGCAUUCCAUCAACCCCUACAGUAACAGGGAGAGCAGAAUCCUCUUCAGUACCUGGAAUCUCGAUCACAUAAUAGAGAAGAAACGUGCUGUUGUCCCAGAAUUGGCAGAAGCUGUCAAAACACGAGGUGGAAGAGAAGUGAACUGGGAAUACUUCUAUCAGCUGCUGUUUACCGUGGAUAAUUUAAAACUUGUACAUAUCGCUUGCCAUAAGAAAACCAAUCAUAAUCUCAGCUGUGACAAAACCAAAAUUUACAAAAAAAGGAAGCAAAACCACAAGAUUUCAUAG